GCAAUUGUUGUUCAUCAUCAAUGUUUGCGGAAAUUUCUAAGGUCAGCUUAGAAGCUAGCAAUGUCAAGCGAAGAAUCUAUCUAAAUUGAGAAAUUAUUCGUCAACCACCGAGAAAGGUAAAGACGGAGCAAGGAAAAUGGCCGAGGGAUUAUGGGUCGUGCGUAGUCCUGAGUUGAACCUUGAAAAUGACGAUAAGGAGGAGGGUCACGUGGGCACAGUUGUCAAGGAUAAUGGAGAACAAACGUAUGACGUUUUCUCGGACAUGGUUGGAAAGUCCACAUGUCGAGUCGAAGAAGGCGGGAAAUUUGACCUGCACAGUUUAGACAAUGCACCAGUUGGUGGAUCUGGAAAUACAGGAAAGGUAGAAGACCUCCGAGAAAAUGGAUCAGGUGUAGGCGGAAGAAACACAGUGCGCAUGCGUUUGGAAACAUCAGGGGAGGCAAACGUGAAUCGUGUUGGGUGCCACGGGAAGGUUGACCAACAAUGUGUAGAAGAAGUUCCUGGGAGCUCUUAUUACCGAGAACUUUCCAACUUUUCGGUUGUUGGAAAAGUUGAAAAGAAGAGGGAAAAGUCGAUAUCUAUGGAAAAAUCACCUGAGUCAUUGCUAAAUAAGGGAGAUAAAUGUGUUAUCGACAUACCGGAGGAGCCAUUAAAAGAACUACAGCGGGGACAUGGAGGAUGGUCCAUUAGAAUGUCAGAGUGCAUAGGCGAAAUUGGAGUAGUGAAAAAUUUCCCCGACGACAACACAGUCGAAAUUGAAUACAAAGGAAAGACUUACCAGUUUCACGCAGGCGCAGUCAGAAAGGUUUACGAAGUCAAAGUGGGAGAUGUGGUACAGGUUCUGAAAGAUGAAACAAAGGCAAUUCUCCUCCAAAGAAAUCAUGGUGGUUGGAAUGAUGACAUUAAAAAAUCGCUUGGGAAGGUGGGUAAAGUGAUGAAGAUAGACUCAGAUGGUGACGUAGCUGUUGCCUUUGGUUACCAGACUUGGGUAUAUAACCCUGGACUGCUGAUCCCUGUUACAGAGGUCAAUGUUGAUGUUUUGGAUGACGAGACUGACAAAGAAAGUGAUGAGGAGGAUGAAGAUGACUUCAGUGGUUCACAAAACCGUGAUGAAAAACUCCAGGAAGGGACAAAUCUUACAAAGCUGGUGGCACAUUUGUUACUCAGAAAAGCAUCGGGUGCUCAAAAGCCGACUGUCGAUCCAGAGCAAAUGUUCAAUGCUUGCGCAGAUGGCAAUACCGGGGCAGUAAAUCAGUUGAUUCAGAGAAACAAAGAUCUGGUUAACAGCUGGCAUGAGAAUCUGAGUCCAUUAAUGGCUGCUGGACACCAAGGACAUGAAAACGUUGUCAAAUUAUUGUUACAAAAUGGAGCUCGUAUAAACGCAAGAAAUAAAGACGGCAUGACACCUUUGAUGGUAUCAAUAGCAGGUAAAGAGACGGACAGUUCUAUUUGUUUGAUAAAAAACAAAGCCGAUGUUAAUGCUUGCAACAAACAAGGACGAACUCCUGCACAUUUUACAGUGCAGUUUGAACUUUAUUCGGUUUUGAAUACAGUUCUGGAAGCAGGGGCAAGUCUAAAUAAACAGGAUGUUAAAGGCAACACCCCGCUACAUGACGCCAUUGCAAAGAGAAGUGACAGGGCCGUCAAUAUAUUUCUGAGUCAUCCCCAAAUAAACCUGAAGUUACCGAACAAACAAAAACACACACCGUUGAUGUGGGCGGCGAUGAAGGGCCACGAGUUCGCGGUUGAACGUUUGAUCGAAAUGAAGCCCAGUCUGGUAAACGCCCAGAAAAAGGAUGGAUACACCGCUCUUCAUAUUGCUGCAAUAAACGAUCGCCAAGAUUCUGCUAAUAUCUUAAUCUUAAAGGGAGAAGCCCAAAUUAAUUUACAAAAUCGUCAGGGAUUAUCACCGCUUCACAUAGCAGCCAACGAAGGAUAUGACAAGAUGGCUAAACUUUUGAUUGAAAACGGAGCUGACAUGGAUUUACGAGAUAAUGACGGAGACACCCCCUUACAUCUGGCUUUGAGUGGACGCCGACAGACGGAAGGAAUUGGCCCACUUUAUGGACUUAGUGUUAAUCCAAAUGCACAAAACCAAGAGAGAUAUAACAUAGCUGUCUCGAUGCUUCAGAAGGGGGCCGACUACAACAUUUACAACAAGAGAGGUAACUCUCCCCUCGAGGUGUGCAGGAACGGCCAACUGAAAAUUGACGUUACCAACUUUAUCCAGAAAAACAGAUCAACUAGUAGACCAUCAACCAGUAGACAGAAUAGCAGACCACCAAAAGGCGGACGAAGCCCAAAACCAUCCAAGAGUAGGUCCGGGGCUAGCAGACAGUGUACUUCGGAAGCCCAAGCCCUCCAUAAGCUGUUAACAGAGCUGCCCAUCCUCUGUGCUAGAUGCAAACACUCCAUGGCCGACACACGCCUCCACCCCUGUAAACACAAGGUCGUCUGUGUGGACUGUAGCUUUAAGUGUCAUGUUUGCCCCCUGUGUAAAGUUCCUGUCUCGAACAGAUGUAAUAGGAAGGGUCGAAUCCAGACCGAUCCUUGCUUUGUGCAGUGAACAGUCGGUCAGCUCCAUAAAAUAAACUAUUGUAAAUUGAUAAUCAUUUUACUUUCUUAUCACGUGAUGUCGAUGCAACCUAUAUGAAACUGUACAAUAGACAUUGGUAUAGUGCAUAGAUUAUCUUGUUAAUACAAACCUGUCCUAAGAGGGUCUGACAGUCGUGGCCAUUCUUGACCAGUCCAUCAUAUUAUUUUUCUUCUUGAGAUGAAGAGCUAUGUAUAAACAUAUGCUUGGAAAAUAUUUAGAUUUGAAAUCAUAAAUAUUUAAUUAGAUAUUUUAAACUCAAUUAUACUAUAUGGCCAAAAUGAUAAAAUCUAAAAUUUCAGCCAAAUCUGAUGGAUAAUUUGUUGAAAAUACAGCUUAACAACUUAUUUUAAAUGGUGAUGGUUAUUAAUUUGUGAGACAUCGUCAAAGUCAGAAAAUUCAUUUAUCAUUUACGGUAAACAAAAGUUGUAAUUUUUUUUAAUUUUUGCAAUGGUAUGAUAUACAACACAUGAUAUGCAAGUUGCUCAGAGUCGCUCUUGGCUGCAUUGUGAUAUGUUACUAUCAAACCAAAUGAAAUGUUUUCUGUUAACUUGAAAAUUUGAUACAUUCGUUAAUCACUUCUUUUAUUGUUUUUGAGAUGUUAUUAUACAUACAUGUAGGUGUACAUUAAAA